AUGACUGGAGAAUCAUCUUCCCCUACUGUUAUCACACCAGCCACUGUCCCAGCAGUCGGCGUUACCACGACCAUCAAUCCUUAUCAUCUUUAUCAUCUUCAUGCUUCUGAUGCACCUGGAAUGGUACUGAUCAACAAUCUCUUUGAUGGGAAAUGUUAUCAAGGCUGGAGGAGAUCUGUACUCAUUGCUUUGUCUGCGAAGAACAAACAAGGUUUUAUUAAUGGUUCUCAACCUUCUCCUUUAAUUGUCUCUCCAGAUCUUCAUCUUUGGAGCAGAUGUAAUGAUAUGGUUACCUCUUGGCUCCUUAACUCCCUGUCAAAAGACAUUGCAGACAAUGUUAUCUACUCAAGCACAGCUAGAGAAUUAUGGUUAAGUCUAGAACAUAGGUUUGGCCAAUCAAAUGGUGCAAAGCUUUUUCAUCUACAAAAGGACCUUAGUAGGUUGGUACACGGGACUAACAACAUUGCAGGUUACUUCACAAAGCUGGAGAGAUUAUGGGAUGAGUUGGAUUUUCUUAACUCUAAUUUCAAGUGUAAUUGUGUCUGUGUCUAUCAUGGAAAACAGAGGUUGGAAAAGUCUCUGCAAGAUGAAAGACUGAUCCAAUUUCUCAUGGAGGAGGAAAGCAGUCGCAAAAACUUGCUAGUCCUUCAAGGAAUUGGGAAUCCACAUCCCAGAAUUAAUCACCCUCAGCAUCCACAAAAGUUUCAAAGGCCAAAUUUGAAGUUCAAAGGCAAGGGAGCACAGUAUAACCCUAAUGUAUCUUGCACUUAUUGUGGGAAAACUGGGCAUGUGGAAGAUAAUUGUUUCAGGUUGAUUGGAUUUCUGGAUGAUUUUCAGUUCACAAAUGACAAAUGUUUUCAUGGACAAAUCAGAGGAAAUAGAGCAAUGACCAUGGGAGAUAUCGAGGGAAGGAACAGCCAGUUUGCAGAUCAGGGAAAGAACACUCACUUUGCAGAUCAUGGGAGAAUACUCACUAUGUAG